GGUGUGUGUGUGUGUGUGUGUGUGUGUGUAUGAGUGAGUGCGAUACAGAGAGAGGGAGAGAGAGGACUGCCGUUGAGAUUGGACUCUAUCACGUCUUCAUUAUUAGUCUAAAAUGCUUUAGUACCUUAUUAGCGCAGCCUGCCAUUCAUCUGUGCUGUCAGUCAAAGAUCAGUCACGCGGGAUACGUUAAGUUCAGGUAGGUCUAAAAAGCGAGCGGCUCAAGUGAAGGCUCAAGAUGCCCGAGCAGAGCAACGACUACCGUGUGGUGGUGUUUGGAGCAGGGGGUGUGGGGAAGAGCUCACUGGUGCUCCGUUUUGUCAAAGGCACUUUCCGGGACACCUACAUCCCGACGGUGGAGGACACGUAUCGCCAGGUGAUCAGCUGUGACAAGAGCGUCUGCACCCUGCAGAUCACAGACACAACUGGCAGCCACCAGUUUCCUGCCAUGCAGCGUCUGUCCAUCUCCAAGGGUCACGCCUUCAUCCUGGUCUACUCCAUCACCAGUAAGCAGUCCCUGGAAGAAUUAAAGCCCAUAUACCAGCAGAUUCUCGCCAUCAAAGGCAACAUAGAGAACAUCCCCAUCAUGCUCGUGGGGAACAAGAGCGAUGAGACUCAACGGGAAGUCAAGACCGAGGAUGGAGAGGCACAGUCCAAGACCUGGAAGUGUGCGUUCAUGGAGACCUCGGCUAAGACCAACCACAAUGUCACUGAGCUGUUCCAGGAGCUCCUCAACUUGGAGAAGAAGAGGAACAUGAGUUUGAACAUCGACGGCAAGCGUUCUGGGAAGCAAAGCAGGGCUGACAAGCUGAAGGGGAAAUGCAGCAUCAUGUAGAGGCAGAACCGUAACAUAGCGGAGAGAUAGAUUAAUAAAAUGUCAAAGGAAAGUAACUGAACGAGGAGAAAAAAAUGAAUGGAGAUGGUGUUAUUUGACAUUUCAUGCUUAUUUCCGAUUUUCUUCAUAGAUUUCAUCCUUCACCAUCAGUCUUCGGCCUUAACAAGCACUGGCCCAUUCGUAUUAUUGCCUUGUCUGUUUCUAUUACAGAGCAUCACUACCAUCUCUCACAUCUGAGGAAUAUUCAGACAGCAAUCGGUUGCUAAACAGCCCUUUUUUGAGUUCAUAAUGCAAAUGUUUUUAUUGAAUGGUUAAAGCUGCAGUGCUAAAGCAGAUAUAGGCUUUAUAUGGGUGAUGAGAUGUUAUCCAGACAUAACACUUUCCAUAUAACUAAAAUUACAAACUUAUUUUUCUUCAAAAGUUCUUGUCAGAUUGAGGAAAUAAUGUCAUUAUAUAACAAUAAUAGUCACGCCUCGCUUUAAUCCUUUGUUUCGGGUUGUGUAGAAUCCACUUUUAUUAGUUAUCCUCGUAACGUUUUGAUAUACUUUUGCAUGUCCUUAUAUCUUAAAUAACGCCAAUCAAUAUUUAAGACAAUCACUUUAAAAUGUUAAACACCAGAAAAAUGUUUAAUGCUUUAUAAAAUUAUUACCUUCAGUGACAUCAAGGCAGUUGUAAAAUCUGAAAGCAUAUAGACACUUCAUUGUUCAUGCAGAUGCACUCAUGCUUAUGUAAAGCAGCAAGCACUCUUCAUCAUCAUCAUCAUCUCAGGCAUUCAGCUGCUCAAAAUUGAGACACUUCUGGCUUCCCUAUUAAUUUGAAGUGAGCCAGAAUCUCCAUCUUCUUUUUCUAUAUUUCUCAAGAUGAACUGCUCAUAUUUUCAAGUAUAAUUGAGACAAUAACAACUGUAGCUCUCUUAAAGUCGAUCAUGAAAUUAAUGCAUUUUCAGGAGAUGCGUUUUGGCAGCAAAACUAAAUUGAGGCUUUACUAACACAAGCAAGUCUUCUCACCCUAUUUAUCAGAGACUAAUGUGAAAAUUGAAGAGUAGAUAUAAUAUGGAGAGUUUGUGAGAGAAAAUGUUUCUUUAUCAUAAAACUUUUUAACUGUUGCUCAACUGUUUUUCCAGAAUGACCCAUUUUAUUUGCAUCACAGUAUCAGACAUUACAGGAGUUUUUAACUCGAAAAAAAAUCAUUUUUCGUGUCCUUCAUGACCCUUAGGAAUACCGCCAGCCUGUUUCAGUUUUGGUAAGAGAACGCAAUCACACUGCAAAUCAGCCUUUGACAAAGAAACCUCUGGUUUCAAAAAGGGCCUUGAUUGUGUAUAGCUUUUUAUUUUUAUUUAACCAGCCGAUUGCCUUGUACAAAUGAUGCACGAAAGAGCCCCUUUAAUAUGUUUUCAGGUUGUGCAUUACAGCUCUAAGUAUAAAGGCAGACGACAUUAUUUUAUCCAUGUUAUGCUAUGUAAGAAGCUAGUUUUUGAACAGGGUUCACCAGAAGUGAGUAGAGGUUUUUAAGGUUUAUUUUGUUUGAACUGUACUGUAAAUUAAGCUUUUUGGAUGAGACAUAUUAUUAUAAUAACAGACCUGUAUGAAAAAGUAACUUACUAAAAAUAAGUAUAUACAAUAUAUGAAACAUUAUAUGCACCUACCUAAAUUCAAAUGUUAAACAUAUCUACAUCUCAGAACCUGAUUUCAUCAAGUGCAACAUGUUCCUGGAUGAACAUCUUUGCUGAUCCUGGAACAACAUUCCAAUCAACCAAUCAGAUUUGAGCAACAGUUUAUGAUUACAACCAGGGUUAGUUGCUUCUACAUCAGUAUUAUUUACCUAGGCUAUCAUUUUCCUCUGGUUUUAGGGAUAACUUAUGGGUAGGGUUAAGAUUAGAUUUUCGGAUAAUAAUGUUGUUUCAGGAUCAACAUAUGUGACCCAUGCUGGCAAAAUGAGUAUGCGCAUGUACGAGCUAAUUAUGAGCUACAGGCAAAACAAGUGAAAAUGUCAGUUUGAGGUUUUCACAAAAAUGAUUCAUUAGGCCCUCGUCUAGAGAUAUCUUAAUGCUCCAAAUAGCAAUUAAACAUCUAAAAGUAUCUUUAUUUGUCGUUUUCUGAGAGGAGAUACCUUUCCUUUGUCCAUGAAAUGCAAUUUUUUUCCAGUAGCCCCUCACUGCAGAACACACAAGAUCCAGGGGGCGGAGACGGGUUGGUUAAGGGAUAUGUAAAGUGGGAAUAGUUGGAUCUAGAUCCAGGGGGCGUGGAGACAGGUAGGUUAAGGGAUAUGUAAUGUGGGAGGAGUUGGAUCCAGAUCCAGGGGGCGUGGAGAUGGGUAGGUUUAGAUCCGGGGGUGGAGACGGGUAGGUUUAAGGAUAUGUAAAGUGGGAGGAGUUGGAUCUAGAUCCAGGGGAACGCAUGGAGACAGGUAGGUUAAGGGAUAUGUAAUGUGGGAGGAGUUAGUUCUAGAUCCAGGGGGCGGAGAUGGGUAGGUUUAGGGAUAUGUAAAGUGGGAGGAGUUGGAUCUAGAUCCAGGGGGUGGAGACGGGUAGGUUUAGAGAUAUGUAAUAUGGGAGGAGUUGGAUCUAGAUCCAGGGGGUGGAGACGGGUAGGUUUAGGGAUAUGUAAAGUGGGAGGAGUUGGAUCUAGAUCCAGGGGGUGGAGAUGGGUAGGUUUAGAUCAAGGGGGCAGAGAUGGGUAGGUUUAGUGGGAUAUGUAAAGUGGGAGGAGUUGGAUCCCGCCCCUGGAUCUCGUGUUCUGCAGUGAGGACCAUCUCUUUUUUUCUGCUCGCUUCUCGAUGACUGGCGCUUCCCUCAGCAUAAGUUUGGUAUAGUUUUAAAGCGCAGCAUUCCAACUUCGUGAACAUUCACAGCGAAUUCUCGAUGGCAUGAGUCUGAACCAAUGAAUUGUGAUUUUCAAACUCAUGCAGAUGUAAACAAAACAAUCUUCCUCGCGCUGACUGACACAUCUGAAGCGCGCGCACAAAGACGCCUCAGACAGCGCGUGAUCCCAAUAUACACAGUAUUUCAAAAUAUCUGUGGCGAGUAUUCACGCAAACAUUAUCUGUUAUGUCUGGCUAACUGUGGGGGAAAACUUCUGAUGUGUAACAUUAUAUUAGAUCCGUGCGGUACAGUAGCUCUUAAUAUAUAUAUGCUGUCUGUUUCAUUAAUGUUAAUCAAACAAUUGUGGUACGAUGGGGGAAAAAGUUGAAUAUAUAGGCUAUUUUUCCUAUAGAUAAUUGGUUUUGACUUGGUUUGUGCCAAAUUUGGUGUUAUUAACAGGGAUUUUAAGGUGUGGUUGCUAGGUGAUUUUGUUUUGCAACCUUCUGAAAACUUUAACUCGAUUUUUCUCAAAAUUGACUUUGCUGACUUUAUCGAUUUAGAGGUGUAGCUCAUUCAUUUUUUGACUGAUUCCAACACAUCAUACAUCAUUUUGAAGGUUUUUUUAAUAGGGAAUGUGAAAAUAACAAGAGGCUCAUUGCAACUCAUUUUUCCAGCACUGGUCACAUAUUUUGUUGAACCUAGAGCAACAUUCAUGUCCAAAAAUGUAGUCCUAACCCUAUCCCUAUCCCUACCCCUAAACCUAACCCUACCCUUAACUUAUCCCUAAAAUCAGAGGGAAUAACACUGAUGUACAAGCACCUAACCUUGCUUCUAAGCCUAAUCUUCACAUAAACUGUAAACUUGUCCCUCAAACCUGAUUGGUUGAUUGGUUCGAGGAUCAACAAAGAUGUUGAUCCAGGAACAUGUUGCACUUGAUGUGACCUGCAUUGUUGCAAUAGAACUGAAAACAUCCUUCAUUUAUAGUUUCCGGUUUACUAUCCGUUAAUAUUAAGACAGUUUGUUUCCUCUGACUGAUGUAUAUGAUUAAAGUUUUAAUAUUAGUUCCCUGGAUGCCCCACCAGCACAUUCAUCUCCUAAAAAUGGUGCUAUAAUUUACCACCUCCCUCCUGGUGACAGUAGUUCUGCUCUGCAUGGUUUAUACAGUCAUAUCAUGAUUAAAAAAAGAAAUCCCUCUUCAUCCCCUCUUUGCAGAGUUUUGCUGAUUUUUCUAAAUUGGGGACAACGCCUCAUCCAUCUUGUGUUAGAAGUUCAGACUGUAUUCAGUUCCACUAUAACUGAAUCUACGUGUCCAAUCUCUAUAAAGCCCACUCAGCUGGUGCAUGAGUCACACUGCUGAUACCAUCAAGCUGCACGAGAAGAAAACUGCAGAGCUUCUUGCUUUUUCCAUGUGCGGGAAGUCUGAGUGUCAGCUACCUGCGAUCCUUUUGGUUGGCUUGACAACAUUGACUUGCCUCCGCAAUGCCAAAGCCCACCAGUUCUAUGUAUAAAAUCAUUUUGUGAGCCACAUCAUGCACUUUUUAUUGUAAAUACUUGUAAAUUGUAUGUAAAGAAGAAUCUAACACUAUGUAAAAAGAAAACAUCGCUGAGUCUCAUCGGAUGAGCCAUGGACACAAUUCUGUUUAAACCUCUUCAUUCACUGUUUAUGUGUUUGGCUGGAAUCGCAGGGGACUUUCCGUAAAUCUCAUUCAUGAAUUUUUCACCUGGUAUCCUAAAUCUGGUUUACACAUAGUGAGCACUUUAAAUGCCUAAGGGUAAUGGAAUGUACUGUGAAACGUAUGUAAAUGAUGACCUCCAUUUCAUAAUUCAGAUACGCAUGGUCCCACUUGAUGUUAGCCAGCAUGAGGGCGAGCAACACAACUGUGAAGUGACUUUUCAACUUAAAUCCUUUGCAUUUGAUUGACUUUUCAACUUAAAUCCUUUGCAUUUGUUUUGUACAAUAUUUUACAAAAGUUCUUUUAAAUUAUAGCUAUUAGCGACUACUAUGUAUGAUAUGUCCUUUAGCAAUAGUCUUCCUAAGACAUGGUAUGCUGUGCUCACGCAUCCCAAAUGAAGGAAAAUACUGCGUACAUGUACUAAUAUAUAUGUAUAGAUAUAUACCUGCAAAUAUUCUCUAAUAAAUCUGCAAAUUGAUUUUCAUAAUAAAAGCAAUUAAAGCAAAA